AUGACCAUCCCCCCUCCGCCACCGCGCUCUACCGCACCUUCCCAAUCCCACACCAUGAUGCUGCCGGGUCCGCCCCCUGCCCCACCGACCUACUGGAACAGACAGGCAAAUACUUAUGCGAAUGCGCCAAACAGUGCUGCCCCGCACGCUCCUUACAACCCUAACGCAUAUCGUACCUAUCAGCAGUCGUCGCAGCCGCCAAUGAACUACAUGGGCACCCAGCCAGACACCCAACCACUCACUUCAGCCACGUAUAUUCCUGGCGGCGAGUCUUUUGGCCCGGGUGUUGGCAUUCCGCCUCUCCACACUUCGGAUAGCUACAGUGCGAACAGCUACCACCCAUACUUCGGGGAUUAUUCUCAGUCGAACCCGCCGCUGGCCACGCCGCCUGAGGAGCUUUCCAAUGCCAACUACACGAGCCAAACGCCGCAGGCACCGACGCGCCCGCCGCCUGGCCAACCCGUUCUUCCAGUCCAGGAACACCAACAUUCAGGCUCGGCGAAUCCGGUUAUUCACGCAAAGCAUGCCUCUAUGCGCAGCGAUGGGACCGCUGCGAACACGCCCGUAUCACCUUCUCAACAGCCUGGCUUCCAAUGGCCUUUGGAUCGCGUUCUGAUAUGGCUCGCAUCAAAUUCCUUCUCGAACGAUUGGCAAGACACGUUUAAAGUAAUGAAUCUCGAAGGGGACAGAUUCCUCGACCUCGGCAGGGGACACGGAUCAAGCGGAAAUGUGGCAAUGAUUCAUGGCGAGAUAUUUCCGCAGCUGGCAAAAGUGUGUACUGCGAGCGGAACAGGGUGGGACCAGACGCGCGAAAGAGAUGAAGGGAAGAGGCUACGGCGGCUUGUCAAAGCGAUUGUGGACAACGGCGGCGUUGCCACGAUUGCAAAGCCCGUUCCAGGCCGGCGCACUUCUACGACAUUCCAUACAAGCGCCGGGGCAGAUGGCACAAUUGAGAACUCGCCAAACCUGGGACGCCCGGAGCUGUUUGGGUCAACGCCCACGACAGCCGCAGACGGAGAGAGCCCCGGCAAGCCCAUGGGCCCAUUGAGUCUCAAUUCACCUGCGACAAACCCGAGGCGCCACUCUGGACAGCGCAAUUUCACGGUCCCGUCCCUGAGUCAGCCGGACCACGUUUCUGAAACUGGGCGGAGCAUCUAUUCAGAAAAGGUUCUGAGAAACAUUGGCGACGGCCCGGCAUCCAAAAGACAUAGUCCCAACGCCUCAGGAGAGUUUGGUUCCCGAGAGGCUUUGAGAUCGGCUAGCCCACAACAAAGCCCUGCACUAGGAUCUGUACGCCCGGCCCAGGCCACGAGCGCGACUAGGUAUUACGUUAAUCGCCACGAUCCAGCCAACUCGGAGUCGAAUCUCCCGACCUUGGCCAGUAUUUCAGGGCAACAGCCUGGAAAAUCUGGCGAAUACCGAAGGAACUGUAUCGAAGGGGGUCGCGAUUACAGCAGCAGUCGACACAACAGCAACGAUCCGGAAAAAUCCAAGGAACACAAGAGCUUUUUGUCCAAGUUUCGACGGGACAGAAAACACGAUUCUCAUCCAUCUCCAGAUGAGUCAAGCAUCGAUUCCCCCACCAGCCCUGUUGCUAGCUUCCGCUACCUACCUACCAACGCCCCCUUGAGAUCGAGCUUAAACUCCAGCGAGACGUCGUUGAACGAACGGCCCCCCUCGCGUAGAUCAGCCCAAGCUGAAGCCGACAGUUCCGCGACGCGGCCUCGCGCCAUGACGAGGGAUUCAGAGCCUCGCAAGUUUUUCUUCGUCACCCCUGAUGGGUGGAAUUACCGACUUGUGGAUGUCACCGGCAUCGACUCUGCCAGUAAACUGCGCGACACGAUAUGCCGGAACCUCGGUUUCUUCAACACACCUGACAUAACACUGCACCUUACUGCAGCGGGCCAGACCGAGCACGACGAAGGACUUAACGACGAGCUCUUGAUGCAAACGAGACGGAUAGCAGAUGGGUCAGGGAAUCUGAAGAUAUUUGUGAACGUGCCAGAGCCCGCAUCCGGCCCUGCAGGCUUGGGAUUGGGCAUGGCCGGGACUGUAGCAUCGCCUUUUGGUCCUAUGUCACUGACCGGUAAGCCGAUAGAUGAAGAUAGGCUCAGGGAACUGCAGGCGCAGAACCGGUUAGACUCUCCCGAUCCUCGAUCCGGCGAAUCCACGCUUGUGCCAGCCCAAGAGCAGGCUCUCCGCAACCUCGGCAAGGACCCCGAUCUGGCAGUUGAUGGUAGUAGUCAUCGUCCGAAGAAAUCGGACAGGACGUGGGAAGCAGCCGGCACCAACGACAUGUCUGAACAAGAACGCAAGGAGCUGCUUGAGGCAGCAGCCGAGGCUCAUCGCCGCGACAUGCAAAUCCGACAAAAGGCAUAUCUUGAGAAGCGUAGGAACAACUUGAAAGCGGCGGCGUCACCGAUGGAACCGCCGCCGAGCGCAAUCGGCUACAUCCGAGAGGGUAUCAUCGACUUUGAUGAGCGCCGCGACUCUCCCUACGAAGACGGGAAACGGCCGUUCGAUGAACGCAAGAACAAACUGGUGCCGCUUAGAGAGCCACCGCCCGCGCCGCAGGUCGAGACCGAAACACUCAUCAGAGCCAACACCCUCAGCAAGCGCGAGCGCGGUGGCAGGCGUGAUUCUCGGCCAGAGGCCGACGAACCGCUACCGCUGCUCACCAACCGAACCUCUAGCGGGGAAACAGGCACGCCCGACGUCGAACGAACCCGCCGCGCCUUCCCCGAGACACCCUCUGUCACAUCAGGCAUCGGCGCUGCGCUACUCGGAGUAGGCAAGCUUGGUGGCAUGAUUGGCGCUCCUCCGCGUGCUCCACUCAAGCCUUCGGCAUCAGAGGUGAAGCAUCAACGAGCGAUGACUGCUGUGAAUUUUGCUGCUUCUCGGAACGGUAGUCCAGGUGGGUCCCCUAGAAGUUUUCAUGGUAUUACCAUGAGCAAAGGUCAAAUUCCGUUUAUGAUUCCUGACUAUUUUACGGAAGCUCCUAUGGAGGACCGUGCACAGCAAAACAAGCCAGAUUCGACCCUCGAAAAGUCCGCCGUCGAGAACCCCGCCAUCUCCAAGCUCAGAGAGGCCUCGGCCGAGCUCGCGAUGCACGUUUCGCCGGAAGUCAGCCCAAGUACUGCGGGCCCACCGACGUCGCUCUCGCGCAUGUCUUCCAGAAGGUCAAACUUCGAUUUCCAGGAGACGCAUGUGGCGUUCUCCAAGUCCCCGGUUAUUACGGCGGAGGAUUCUGAUGAAGAUUCUGACGACGGCUUGUUCGCAAAGCCUAUUGCGACUAAGAGCCCGCCGCGUACGAAGAUUGAAGAGCCUCAAUCGGCGAGGAGCCAAAGACCCUCGCUGUCAAUUGAGACCAAGUCAAAGAUACGUUUCGCGUCACCUGAAAGGGGCAGGGGACUUAGCGCCAGCGGAAAUCCGCCUAAUAUUGACAGAUUCAUCCCUACGGACCUUUCCCUGGACUCACCGGAGGAGGGGAGGGCCUUCAAUGGCCGACGGGAAUCCUUCGCGAGUGACAUUUGGGCUAACCGUCCCCCGCCCGAGGCUCUUGUGGAACACCUCGACGAGUUCUUCCCGAACGUCAACCUCGAUCAACCGAUUAUGGACGAGAAUGAGCAGACGCCCCCAGCGUCUCCUACCCAGGAUGGCAGGAGCCAACAGGAGCCCAGUACCCCCCAGGAUGUUAGCCGUGCGGUUACACCAUUGUCAGCGCCUGAAGAUGAGAGCACUCUGCGGAGCUCCGACCAGUCGGCGCUGAAGCGUGGCGAUACGAUCAUGUCCAUGGCACAGCGGAACAUGCGCAAGGCGGGUGGCCUCGGACGCACCAAGUCUAUCCGUGAGACUGUCAGGUCCCAGUAUCAGCCCCAGGAGAAGCGGUCGUAUCCCGGACCAGCGCGCGUCAACACGCUCAAGUCUGGCGACAUUGUGCGGAGGAAGAGCACAAAGAUGUUCGGCGCCAGGAUUGAGCAGGUCAAGCCGCCGCGCGGUAGCCGCAUGAUCCCGUUGUCGUCGAUCCCACAAAACACGAUGCCCGUUCAGCAAAACUUGCAGCGCCAGCCCACGUUUAAAUGGAUGAAGGGUCAACUGAUCGGCAAGGGCACGUUCGGACGGGUGUACCUCGGUAUGAAUAUGACGACGGGUGAACUGAUCGCCGUCAAGCAAGUCGAAGUGAAGCCCAACCUGGGCGGGACGGACAAAGACCGGAUGAAGGAGCUGGUGGAAGCGCUGGACCGCGAAAUCGACACGAUGCAGCACUUGGACCACCCGAACAUCGUGCAGUACCUGGGAUGCGAGCGCAAGGAGUUCUCGAUUUCUAUCUUCCUGGAAUACAUUCCCGGUGGUAGCGUUGGUAGCUGUUUGCGCAAGCAUGGCAAAUUCGAAGAAGCUGUCGUCUCGUCGUUGACACGGCAGACGCUGGACGGCCUCGCCUACCUCCACCGCGAGGGUAUCCUACACCGUGAUCUCAAGGCCGACAACAUUCUUCUCGACCUCGAUGGCACAUGCAAGAUCUCCGACUUCGGUAUCUCGAAGAAGACAGACAACAUCUACGGCAACGAUAUCACAAACUCGAUGCAAGGAUCCGUCUUCUGGAUGGCGCCCGAGGUGAUCCGCUCGCAGGGCCAGGGCUACAGUGCCAAAGUCGACAUUUGGUCGCUGGGGUGCGUGGUGCUGGAGAUGUUCGCGGGUCGGCGCCCGUGGAGCAAAGAAGAGGCCAUUGGCGCGAUUUACAAGCUGGGCAGCCUGAACCAGGCCCCGCCGAUUCCGGACGACGUGUCGCAGAACAUCAGUCCUGCCGCCGUCAGCUUCAUGUAUGAUUGCUUUACGAUUGAUCCGUCGGAUCGGCCGACGGCAGAGACGCUGUUACGCGCGCCGUUUUGCUUCUUUGAUCCACACUAUAACUUUUUGGAUACGGAGCUUUAUGGCAAGAUCCGUGGGGCGUUUGAUGGGCAUUGA